GGGAAAUCGAAACUAUCAACAAAACAAUUAUACGUGCUGCCGUUAUAUCUCGGAGGAAAUGAAACUAAGAGUACAGAAGCCGUGUCCGCUCUCAGAGGAAGUGAGAAUUCCUCGAUACUGCUGGGAAAGUGGGAACUUUUAACCUUCAAUGGAAGAACAAACGAAAUCUGUGAUUUACUAGCUCACAGCAAGGAACACCAUCUGUACACCAGACGAGUGACUUACCUCAUCACAAUGGAGAAUUCAACACCUACCAGUCUCAAUAUGAAAAAGCAAUUUAUAAUAGCAGGACACCUUAAAAAGCUUUCAGAGAUAAGUUGGAAACAAUUUAAGUUGUCUCUUUGCAAAAAAAAGCCUUCGGGCAAAGGUGAAGGCAUUAAGAUGGGCGAUAUUAAAGAUAAAUCUGUGGAGGACGUUGUUGAGUUAAUCUUCAAGUGUUACACUCAAAGACUUGGACCAGGAACCAUCACGAAGAUUCUUACCGACCUAAAAGAAAAUGACAUGAGGACAUCUAUCCAGAGAGAUAUUAGGGAAGCUUCUAAGGUCUUGAAAGAUAUGAAAGUGCACAGCGUGGAUUCCAAUAUUGCAAUACCAAGCACUGAUAUUGUAUCAAGCUCUGAGCCCCCAGCAAAGAUAAUAAGACAACAAGAUGGAGAUGCUCCAGGACAGUCACAACGCAUUGAAAAAAAUGUAAACGAAGAGAGAGAACUCAAAACCCUGAAACAAUUAAAACGGAAAAAAGCUUCUAAGGUCUUAAAAGAUAUGAAAGUGCACAGCGUGGGUUCAAAUAGUGCGAGACCAAACAAUGAUACUGUAUCAAGCUCUGAGCCCCCAGCAAAGAAAAUAGGACCACAAGACGGAGAUGCUCCAGGACAGUCACGACGCAUUAAAAAAACAUUUAUCAAAAUGAGGGAACUCAAAACAUUCCUGAAACAAUUAAAUAAAAAAAAAGGAAAGUCACUUAAAAUUCAACAAAGUAUGAAUAAAAAUGAAGGACCCAAAAAUGAAGGACCCAAACCAGCCAAACCAGCCAAAAAACAACCAAAACAAGAAAUGGCAGCUUUGUCAGAACUUGUUCGGAACCCUGCCAGGUUCUUUGAGGAGGUGGAGGCCCGACCUGCUUUAUUUGACCGAAAUAAUCCACAUAACUGUGACAAGGAAGUGAAGAAGAAAUUAUGGGAAGAAGUAGCAAGUAAGGUGAUCAAGGACUGGGAACAACUGGAUCCCAAAGACAAAGAGGAGAUAAUAAAUUCCUUGCCCACAAAAUGGAGAAACUUUGCAGGUUCUUUCCAACGAGAAUAUAAAAAACAAGUCGGUGAAAGCAAGAGUGAUCCAGGGCCAUCCAAAAUGCCCAAGUACCGUUACUAUGAACAGCUUAUUUUCUUGUUACCUACAAUGGAUCAAAGACAAACAACUUUCAGCCAGGACGGUAAGCAGGAUGAUGUACAACAGGAUUGUUUGACGGGAAAGCAAGCGGAGAAAUCUGAACAAGGUCUUCAAACUGUAUCUGAAAGCUUUCCGCAGAAGAACAUGUCACCUGAAAUGGACGAGGAUUCGUAUUUCCUUUUAUCAUUCAUGAAAAAGAUUGGGGAAAUUCCACCAGAAAACAAACCUCAAUUGAAAAUUGAAAUUAUUAAUAUUUUUGAGAAGUAUUCAAAGCCAAUUGUCCCACAUAAUGAGGACACUGUGACCACCACGCCAUCACAUACCUUUUUGUUGGCUUUGCCCGUGGCAAAUAAUCCAGAUAGUUACCCUUUGCUUGGCAGUAAUCCAAGAAUUCCAAGCUCAAGCCAGUCUUCUCCAUACAUGAGUUCCCCUUAUCCUGUCUUGAAUGCUGCAUGUGAGUCUGGGAUCAGGUUUUAAAGAGGAAGUAAACCCUUGUUCUUUUUUUCUUUUUUUAAAUACCCUGCAAGAUAAAGUCAUAAUGAGCUAGU